AUGUCUGCCACCGCUGCCGCCAAGCGCCUUGAGGGCAAGACGAUUCUCAUCACCGGCGCCUCCAGCGGCAUUGGAAAGAGCACGGCGUUUGAAUACGCCCGCACGGCGCCUAACAACCUGAAGCUCAUUCUCACAGCCCGUCGCAUUGACAGUCUCAAGGAGAUUGCUGCCGAGAUCAACAAGGAGGUCGGUAAUGGCGUCAAGGUCCACCCUGUGAAGCUCGACGUCAGCAACGCGGAUGAGGUUCGCCAGCUCGUGCCCAAUCUGCCCGAGGAGUUUAAGGACAUCAGCAUCCUCGUGAACAACGCAGGUCUCGUCAAGGGUGUCGCAAAGGCCCCCGAGAUUGCCGAGGCUGACAUCAAUGUCAUGUUCGCGACCAAUGUCACCGGUCUCAUCAACGUUACGCAAGCUAUCCUCCCCAUCUUCAAGUCAAGACCCGACGGCGGUGCCGGUGACAUUAUCAACAUUGGCUCUAUUGCCGGCCGUGAGCCGUACCCUGGUGGCUCCAUCUACUGUGCGACCAAGGCUGCCGUGCGCAGCUUCACGGACAGCUUGAGGAAGGAGCUCAUUGACACACGCAUUCGCGUCAUCGGAAUCGAUCCUGGUCAAGUCGAGACUGAGUUCUCCGUUGUCCGAUUCUACGGCGAUAAGUCCAAGGCCGACGCCGUUUACGCUGGCUGCGAGCCUCUGACGCCCGACGACAUCGCCGAAGUCAUCGUCUUCACGACCACACGCCGGGAGAACGUCGUUGUGGCCGACACCCUCAUUUUCCCCCAGCACCAGGGUGCUGCUGGCCUCCUCCACCGCAAGUCUUGA